AUGAACCCCAUGAUUAUCGGCAUUUCUCAUGGACAGUCUAAGCCGACCUCCGUUGAGGAUUUCCUUAAUCCUUUCGUAAACGAGGCUCUACCAAUUCUACAAACCGGCAUUUCCAUCAAUGGCAAACUGUUGUCAGUGAGAAUACGAGCAUUUAUUUGCGACUCCCCCGCUAGAGCAUUCAUCAAAGGAACGGCUAACUUCAAUUCUUUCCAUGGGUGCUUGAAAUGCACUGCUGUUGGUGAACGGUCACAGAGCCUACGAACCAACGUUUAUCCGCUAGCGAAAGCCAGUCUGCGAACAGAUGAAGGGUUCCGCAACUGGGCAUACGGUGACCACUAUCAAGUUUAUAAAACAAGAGAAAACGGAAAGCUUAAAAAGGUUUUCCUCAAAUCUCCAUUGUUGCGUUUGCCAAUAGAUAUGGUUGAAGAUAUUACGGUCAAACAUAUCAAACGAAGUGGACAACAACCGAGACUUUGCAAAUAG